UUUGACCUGGAAUGAAGUUCUUGCAGAAAUCGACCUUCACAAGGAAAUUCUCUAAGUCUAAGAUAUUGCGAGCUUGCAUGCUGCACCUGUUGCACUGAGAUAAUUGGAGGAGUGUAUUGCAUCCUACUUGUGGAAAACUGCAAGAGAUUUUGUCGAAAUGUCGCUGCAGAUGCAAACAAUGUCGACUAGUGCUCCAUUCUUCAAGCCACCGAUGACAUCGCAGGGCUCCAAUUUCUUCCUCUCCUCCACGCCACAGCGACAACAACAACAAUCUUACACAAAUACCUCACAAAAAGUUUCCAUUGAGAUGGAGCAGCAGUCCAGUGAUAGACUCUCUGCUCUACAUACAAGGCUACAACUUGAAGCAGAAAAAAUCAGAAAAUGGAAGAAUGCAACCGAGUCUGAAAUAAGAGAGAAGGAUAACAAGCUAAAGGAGGCUAGUGUGACAAUUGAAGGUCAGAGAAAAUCGGUAAGUGAACUACAGUUGAAGAAGGAAUCACUUAGUUCACGACUGAGAGAUGAGGUGUCAAACCAGAAAGAAAUCCACAUGAAGAUCAGCUCAACAAGAGAUAUGUGUAGAGCCCUUAACAAUCAUGCUGUACGACUGGACAGUGCUAUUUGCCAAGGAGAACAGGACAGAAGCACACUGACUCUACUGCAUCAGGAGAAAAUGGAUAAAUUUCAGGGACUGCUGCUGAGAUUCCAACAGUUAGAGUGUGGGCAGAGGGAAUGGAUGGACUCACAAGUUCAACUAUUGACUGAAGAGAAGAAAAUUAGUUCACAACUAAGUGUUCAAUGCCACAAUCUGGAACAAGACUUUGGCAGGGCUUCAGAAAAAGUUUGCCAACUCAAAGAGAUGAACUGGGAGAAGGCAGAGCUGAGUCAGAAACUAGCCAGAGAAAUUGAAGAAAAAACAGCAGCUCUUGACAGUCUCCAACAAGAUAAAGCCACUCUACAACAAAGCCUUUGUUCUAAAGAGAGUGAACUGAAUAGCCUGAGAGUUGAGAUGACCUCCAUUCAACAGCAAUUAUCUGGGGCACACACUCAACUUAAUCAGAGGGGUAUACUCAUUAGUGAUCUACAGGAAACGCUGGAGCAAACAACAGCUUCACAUGCAGAGCAGUUGUCAGCGGUACAAUUAGAUCUGUCUCAAUGUCAACUCAAAUGUGAUGAACUUGAAGGACUGAAGUCAAAGCUUGAGCUAGCACUGGAGCAGACACAGUGCCAGCUUAGCAGUGAGUUAGAGGAAGUCAAUGGACAGCUGACGAGCACACAGCAAGAUCUAACUCUAGCUAAGGGAGCUAACUCUUCUCUGAUGGAAUCUCUUUCUAGUGAGAAGGAACUAGUGGAACAAUUGAAGACUGAUAAAUCAACACUUGAGGACCAACUUUCCAAGAUGCUACUGGAAUCAGAGAAACUGGCACUAAAACUGGAAAAUGAAGUACAGGAACAAGAGAAAACAAUCAAAACUAUGGAGGCCUCACUAGAGAAGCAAAAGAACGAGCAUAAGGAAAGUUUGUCCGAGUGGGAGUUUGCAGAGUCACAGCUACAAGCAUGUGUGUCUGAGAUGACGAAGGACAAAGGUUAUUUGACUGACCAGAUGGACACAUUGGAACAAGAGCUGAAAAAAUCGAGAGCUCAACUAUCGCAAAUUGAAGCAAACUAUGCGCAGAGUGUACAGACAAAUAAGAGAGCUAUUGCUGAGUUGGCAAACGAGAAGCAAGCUGCCUAUGAUGAAAUCUCAACUCUAAAGGGACACACGGAAAUGCUCUCCACUGACAAAGAUGAGCUAACCAAGCAGUGUGCUGUAAUGGAGCAACUAAAAGUGGAAAAUACAGAGCUCAACAAAACUGUUGAAUCACAGCAUAGCCAAAUGCAAAGCUUGCAGACAGAGUUGGAGGUGUUACAAUCUGACUUGGGUUCUAAGAAUGGAGAGUUGUCUGGCUUGAUUGACAAGUACAAGAAAGAGGCGGUAACAUCCCAGGCUGAGUGUGUGAACGUUAAAAAGACCCUGGAAACACAGAUAAGUGAGCUGGAGAUUAAGUGUGAGUCCACGAGGGGAGACCUGACUGCCCUGGUGGACAAGUACAAAACAGAGGCCGAGAAUGCCAGGGAAGAGCACGAACAAACAAAGAGCUCCUUCAAUGAACAGGUGAACGACUUGUGCAGUGUUCUAGAGAAGUACCGAGCUGAGAACCAAAAUAUAUUGGGCAAUAAGGAUCAAGAGAUAGAGAGCUUGAGAAACCAACUGAACAGCACUGAAACAGAUAAAAGAGCUAAUGAGAUGGAAGUGGCCUCGUACAAAGAUAAGAUUGAUUUGCUUCAGAGCGAUCUAUCUGCAAAAAAUGAGGAGAUGAAAGAGCUACUGGAAGCUGUUGAAUGUUUGCAGAAUAAGGCCAAGGUGUCUGCUACUCCUCGACGACCCAGUAAACCACCCUCUCACUUUAUCACUCCUGUCCACUCUACAAGCCCUGACACAGACGAGGCUAUUGUUUCAAGCACCCCUAAGCCUCGUAGCACUGUCAUCAAAAAACUGACAUCAGCUACUCCCAAAGGUCCCUCUAGACUGGCCAAGGACAUGACACGCUCUACACCUCACAGGAUGUACAACCACAGAGUCCCCUCCACCCCAGCAUCCAAGAACACUUUUCCAUUGCAUUCUACCCCAGCAUCCAAAAACACUCGUCCAUUGCAUUCCAUCACUCUCAGUGGAAACAAAGCCAAGAGGAUGCGUAGUCGUGACGAACUCGAGUCUGAGGAAAUGGCAAAGUUCAAAGAGCUCUAUCCUGACACUCCACUCGACGAGGAAGAAGCCGUUUUCAAGAAACCAAAGACAACAAAGGCUAUUGCAGUGCGUAAGGCCUCUUCUACGACUGCCAAGUACUCCCUCUCCAACACCAAGUACAGGCCCCCACUGGCUUCACGCAAUGGGAGCUCAAGACCCAGGAAGAACGGUGGUGGAAAAAAGAAAACAGAUGACAUAUCAUGGUUUGACUCAGACUCUGUAUUUGGCCUAGGUCUAGAUGACUAGACUGAUAUAAUAGUAUCAUUAUCAUAAUCAUUAUCAGUGCAACUUUCACUUAACUUGAAACAGUCAUAAUUAUCAUGUAAACAGGUAAACAGUCAGUCAAUCACAACAUCUCACUCACAUGUGUUUAUGUUCAAUUAUUAUGUCUCAUGUAUUAUAUUAUACUG